GUUUGACAACUUGGAAAAACACACACAGUGGGGAAUUGAUAUUCUUGAAAAAUAUAUCAAGUUUGUGAAGGAGAGGACAGAGAUUGAACUCAGCUAUGCAAAGCAACUCAGGAAUCUUUCGAAGAAAUACCAACCGAAAAAGAACUCGAAGGAAGAAGAAGAAUGCAAGUACACGUCGUGUAAAGCCUUCAUUUCCACCCUGAAUGAAAUGAACGAUUAUGCAGGGCAGCAUGAGGUGAUCUCUGAGAACAUGGCAGCCCAGAUCAUUGGGGACUUGGCGCGCUAUGUCCAGGAGCUGAAGCAGGAGAGGAAGGCGAAUUUUCACGAUGGCCGUAAGGCACAGCAACACAUAGAGACUUGUUGGAAGCAACUUGAAUCGAGCAAAAGACGAUUCGAGCGAGAUUGCAAGGAGGCUGACAGGGCGCAGCAGUACUUUGAGAAGAUGGAUGCUGACAUCAAUGUCACCAAAGCGGAUGUGGAAAAGGCCCGACAACAAGCUCAGAUACGUCACCAAAUGGCAGAGGACAGCAAAGCAGAUUACUCAUCAAGUCUCCAGAAAUUCAACCAUGAGCAGCAUGAAUAUUACCACACCCACAUACCCAACAUCUUUCAGAAAAUACAAGAGAUGGAGGAAAGGAGGAUCGUGAGGAUUGGCGAGUCGAUGCAGACGUAUGCCGAGGUCGACCGGCAGGUGAUACCCAUCAUCGGGAAGUGCCUGGACGGAAUAGUCAAGGCCGCGGAGUCGAUCGACCAGAAAAACGAUUCUCAGCUGGUAAUAGAAGCUUACAAAUCAGGAUUUGAGCCCCCUGGAGACAUUGAGUUUGAGGAUUACACUCAGCCCAUGAAGCGCACCGUGUCAGAUAACAGCCUUUCAAAUUCCAGAGGAGAAGGGAAGCUGGAGCUCAAAUUUGGCGGCAAAUCCAAGGGAAAGCUGUGGCCGUUCAUCAAAAAAAAUAAGCUUGUGUCCCUUUUAACAUCCCCCCAUCAGCCUCCCCCUCCCCCCCCUGCCUCUGCCUCACCCUGUGCUGUUCCCAACGGCCCCCAGUCUCCCAAGCAGCAAAAGGAACCCCUCUCCCACCGCUUCAACGAGUUCAUGACCUCCAAACCCAAAAUCCACUACUUCCGGAGCCUGAAGCGUGGGACUCAGUCUUUCUGUUUUCACAAAGAACUUAUGAAGAGGACGGUAGGGAAACCUACGUAUGCCUUUGAGGCUAGGGACUAUGUUCUUUCUCUCAAGCUGGGUGCGACGCCAGAGGACUUCAGCAACCUCCCUCCUGAACAGAGAAGAAAAAAGCUGCAGCAGAAAGUCGAUGAACUAAACAAGGAAGUUCAAAAGGAGAUGGAUCAAAGAGACGCCAUCACAAAAAUGAAAGAUGUCUACCUGAAGAAUCCUCAGAUGGGAGAUCCAGCCAGUUUAGACCACAAAUUAACAGAAGUCAGCCAAAACAUAGAAAAGCUACGACUUGAGACUCAGAAAUUCGAGGCCUGGCUGGCAGAGGUGGAAGGCCGACUCCCUGCACGCGGUGAACAGGCGCGCCGGCAGAGUGGACUCUACGACAGCCAGCACCCCCCCACAGUCAACAACUGCGCACAGGACCGUGAGAGCCCGGAUGGCAGUUACACGGAGGAGCAGAGUCAGGAGAGCGAGCUGAAGGUGCUGGCCACGGACUUCGACGAUGAGUUUGAUGACGAGGAGCCCCUUCCCGCCAUAGGGACCUGCAAAGCUCUCUACACGUUCGAAGGUCAGAAUGAAGGAACCAUUUCCGUGGCGGAAGGCGAGACGCUGUAUGUCAUCGAGGAAGACAAAGGGGACGGGUGGACCCGCAUCCGGAGGAGCGAAGACGAGGAGGGCUACGUCCCCACCUCCUACGUCGAAGUCUGUUUGGACAAAAAUGCCAAAGAUUCCUAGAGGUGGAAUGCCGGGAGCCUCGGGGGAGCUGUCCCAGGAGAGACCCUCGGUCCCGCGCGCUUGUCUCCACAGGCCUCAGCGCCC